UCCAUCUUCCUUCUCCGGCCGGUAAGCAACUACUCCGCGUCCCGCUAUCCUUUCCCCCGCACCGCACGGCGGAGACCACGAUCCCCACCGGCCGACGAAGUAGGGAUCGCGAGUUGCGACGAGGAAGGAGAGGGAGAGGAGGCUCCUCGAUCCCGCUGCAGAUUCGUUUCGAUCGGGGGUCGCGGUGAUUUGGUAGGAGCCUUGGGGAGCAGCGGCGAUGUCGGGCGUGUUCGGCAGGGUGUUCGGGAAGUCCAAGCAGCAGAGCCAGGCCACCGCGCUGGCCUCGCUCGACAAGCUCAACGAGACGCUUGAAAUGUUGGAAAAGAAGGAAAACUUGCUAGUGAAAAAGGCGAAUCUUGAGGUUGAGAAGGCCAAGAAUUUCACCAAAGCCAAGAAUAAGAGAGCCGCAAUACAGUGCUUGAAGAGGAAGAGGUUAUAUGAGCAACAAAUUGAGCAGCUCGGAAAUUUCCAGCUAAGGAUACAUGAUCAGAUGAUUAUGCUAGAAGCCGCAAAAGCUACAACAGAGACUGUGGAUGCGUUGAGAACUGGAGCAUCAGCAAUGAAAGCUAUGCACAAAUCAACAAAUAUUGACGAUGUUGACAAAACCAUGGAUGAAAUCAAUGACAAUAUGGAGAACAUGAGACAAAUUCAGGAUCUAUUGUCAGCACCUAUGGGCGCAGCGGCUGAUUUUGAUGAGGAUGAACUGGAAGCUGAACUUGCCGAUCUGGAGGGGGAGGAGUUGGAGGCAGAGCUGCUUGCACCUACCACGACUGCUCCCACCACCGCUCCAGUGCGUGUGCCUACUGCACAGCAGUCCUCUCGGCCAUCGGCCCAGACUAGUAAAGCCGAAGAUGAUGAACUGGCAGCUCUACAAGCAGAAAUGGCUAUGUAAUUAGUCCAGAUACAGCGAAUAUCUUGGAACUCUGCUAUACUCACAAGAUCUUCCUAGGAAGAUGUCAGAACUACACAGACAGAAGCGGCAUGCCAGCCUGAUAGCUUAUGUAUGAUAUCAUGCUAUGCUAUUGUUUUGUAAUCAAACACCUCAGAUAAGCUAAUGAACAUAUAUUCUGCUAAUAAAUUUGGGGUAUUUCAGUAAUGUGUAUUUCAAUUUCUGCCA